UGCAAGGGCGUCCCCUGGAAUUCUAAACGUAAUGACGGGGAAGUGGGUUGCCAAUGACCUGCAGUAACCAUUCACAGACCUUGCCCCCGCCCCGAAAAAAUAUUUCUGCGGACACUCUUGAAAGGGACUUCCUCCGUUCAAGCCGUAUAAUUUGCAGCUGAUAAAAAGGCCGGGAGCUUUACCAACAGCCGCUGCGAAGCCGGACGCUCCUGGUGUAACAACCACGAAAGGGUGAGGCUGCGCGGCUUUCAGAGGACCCGGAAGCAGAGAGGCGACGUCGGUGGCAGAGGCCGGAUCGCGGUUUGUACGAGGAAAAGGGCUUUCCUGCCUAGCGCCGCCCCGCUGCGCCGGGGGCUUCUCGGAGCUGUUUUGCAUCACUGCGCGUUCGCACGUAGCCAUGGAACCCGCGAGACGCCUCGGAGCCUCUCGCUGAGCUGGUUCCCCGGGCUGGGCCGAAUCUCAGGGCUGCUUCUCGCGCGGGGCUCGUUGGAAAUGGCAGCAGAAGCGGCGGCCGGGGAAGCCUCGGAGAGGCAUUGCUGGGUCUGUUUUGCCACCGAGGGUGAUGACCGGUCAGCCGAGUGGGUCUGCCCUUGCCGUUGCAAAGGCUCCACCAAAUGGAUCCACCAGGCCUGCCUCCAGCGGUGGUUGGACGAGAAGCAGAAAGGCAACAGCACAAGCAGCGUGAGCUGCCCACAGUGUGGCACAGAGUAUAGCAUUGUCUUCCCCAAACUAGGCCCCUUGGUGUAUUUCCUGCAACAAGUGGACCGUGUUUUAUCCAAAGUGAGCCCCUUUGCUGCAGCUGGCAUUGUGGUGGGGACGCUCUACUGGUCGGCGGUUACUUAUGGGGCUGUCACUGUCAUGCAGGUUGUCGGUCAUAAAAAGGGCUUGGAUGUGAUGGAGCGGGCAGACCCCCUCUUUUUGCUCAUGGGGCUUCCCACCAUCCCUGUCAUGCUGGUGUUGGGCAAGAUGAUCCGCUGGGAAGAUUAUGUGCUGCGGGUGUGGCGGAAAUACUCUAGCAAGCUCCAGGCCCUGCAGGCCUUGGUGCCAGGGAUUGGCCGUCCUGUUCCGCAGAUCCCCUUCGCCGAGUCACGCUACCAGAGUGACCACCUGUCCAUCUCGCGCACACUCUGCGGGGCCCUGAUCUUCCCUACCAUUGCCAACCUAGUUGGCAGGGUCACCUUCCGCAGGGUGAACUCCAGCCUCCAGCGUACCAUCCUGGGAGGCAUUGCUUUCGUCGCCAUCAAAGGAGCCUUGAAGGUCUACUUCCGCCAGCAGCAGUACUUGAUCCAAGCCAAUCGGCGCAUCCUCAACUUCGUAGAGAAGAGGGACAUGGAAAAGGACCCUGCUCAGCUUGAGGAGGACAGCGGCAGCGAAGCAGGGCUCAGCUAGGGUGCACCCAAGGGACCCCACUUGCUUCAAAGCUCUUUAAAAGAAACCAGAUUCCUUUCCGGGAUAGAUUUUAGGCCAAUUGGUUCCACUCCCAAGAGGAAGCGCCAACAGAUGCGCUGGGCUUAGGUCCCGGGGAGGGUGGAGAGGGAGGGAGAGAGAGAGAUGCUGGCUUUAGGUUGGACUGGCCAAAGGAAAGUGCCUUCGUUCAGCCUGGCCGUUUGGCCCUGUGCAGCCUAGUUCCUUCCCCCGUCUUCAUUUUUGAAUCCUGUAAGCCAUGAGUGAAAUAAAACAAAAGAAGGUGUCCUCUUCAUGA